CAACACAACGUGCCCAUUUGUUUGGCGUGGAUUAAUCUAAGUUAUCGCAAAAAAAACUCAAAUAUAAUAUGACCUUUAGGCGCUGAAUUAAGCUGAAGGUACGUCAUGAGCAUCUAUCACGACGAGGUGGAGAUCGAGGACUUCGAGUACGACGAGGAGGAGGAGAUGUACUACUAUCCCUGUCCAUGCGGCGAUCGAUUUCAGAUCUCCAAGGAGGAGCUAAUCGAGGGCGAGGAGGUGGCCACCUGUCCCAGCUGCUCCCUAGUCAUCAAGGUCAUAUACGAUCCGGAGAUGUUCAAAGCUGAGGAGGAUGAAGAAAGUGCGCUGAACGAGAAGCUCGGCGACCUGAAGCUCGAGAAGAACUAACACACAGUUUGGUGUAAUUAAAUAGUUUUUAUUUAUAUAUUUUUAUAUAUAUAUAGACUUCAUUUUAGUGUAAAUAAUACGAUGACUAGUAAAACAAUGAUUUCAAAUUAUGCAAGCUCGC